CUAACAGCUAUAGUGUGAUGGACCUGUUGCCAUGUCACAGCUAUGAGACAAAGGUGCAGGCCCUCUGUGGCGACGUGUUGAUGCGUGAGAAGACCAUCACGGUCCACACAGUUCCUCACGGAGUCUCAGAGAUCAGGUUCAGCUUCAGUGACUCCAUCGCCUCUUGGACACCUGGCACGCCAGAUGAGCCGACGUUGGGCUUUGUGUACGAGCUCUCUUUGGAGAACGGUCCACUUCUGCAGAGAGACCAUCUUGAGGAGGCUCAGCUGCAUCUUCCCAGCCUGGAAGAUGGGCAUACCUACGUACUGGAUGUGUGGGAGGAGUGCCAUGCGCAAUGGGAGUCGGAGCGUCUGCAUCUGUGUAUCACCAAGAAUGAAAGUGCGCAAGGUAUUGUGAGCACAGCUGACAGUCCUAGUCUGUACCGAGAGCCAGUCAUGGAGAUGGACUACAGCAGCAUGUCACUCAUCAUGAGCGUUCCCUGGUCACUGCCUGUCGAAUUUCUGGAUGCCACAUCUGAUCCUGGGGCUAAAUUUAUGAGGAUUAUUCGAAGCAAUAUGCAGAAGAUCAUGGACCACUACGAUCCACCGGUCCAUGUUGAAGUGGCAUCCAUUGAACCAUUGUCUGACGAGCUGGACCAAACCCGCAUUGUGUUUAUGUCCUUUGACGCGGCCAACACGGAAAGUGGGUUUCCCCUGCCAGCGGCCCAACAGCUUGAAUACCUCAUGGCGCGUCACUUGGGCAACAUCACCGUUUCAGAUGGAGUCAUUCAUUGGACUGGUCCUGAUCUCUGCUCAUCACGGCGCCGAUGUCCUCGUAACUCUUUGUGUCUGAACACUCUGGGCUCCUUCGCUUGUUUGUGUCAACAAGGCUACUACGACGUGAGCCCUGUUCUUCAGAUGAAAACACCCCGGACUCCAGUCUGUCACGAGAAUGGUCUCUUCAGCCAGUGUCUGGAGAGGAUGAUGAUUGGUGGAAUUGCUAAACCGUACCUGGCCUCGUACAUUGGGGGAGAGGUGGAUGUGAAGCUCAACGAUGGCAGAUGCGACAUGGAGGAAAGCGACAUUUUCUUCGUGUUCCACACCUCCAGGAUGUCAUCAAAGUGUGGUACAGAACGGCGUGUGAACAAAACCCACAUCGAGUUUCAGAACACUUUGACUGUCACCCUUACCAAGACAGAGGUCAUCAGCAGACGGGACCUCAAGGUGGUCUGGCAGUGCGUUUACCCACUUCACUACGUUCAGAACGCUCACUUCAACAUGGCCAUGCAGUGGUUGUCGCCUCUGUCCCUGGUGAAGUUCAACUCAUCGCUACAGCUCUUAGUCGUCAUGGCCUUGUACAGUGACCUAGCCUUCAGUGAGAUGUACCGCGACAUGCUACAGCUGGAACCGGAGGACACGCUGUUCUUCCAGGUGGCCUUGCACACCAACAACUCUUUUGCCUCAGAUGUUCGGCUGCAGGUAGACUCCUGCUGGGCAACAGAGAGCAGCGACCCCGAUGACUCAGAUUUGGGGGUCUUCAUCCAGGACGGCUGUCCCCUUGACAACACUGUCCACUGGAUCAAUGACAACGGUUUGUCCCAAACCAGCAGAUUCUCCAUGCAAAUGUUCCACAUGCCAAAAAUGUUGCCAAUCUACUUCCACUGCCUGGCCAACAUCUGUGGACACGACGAACAAUGCACAAAGAACUGUUCGAGUCUACAACGUCGCAGAAGAGCAGUGGAGCAUCACUCGAAGAGAAAAGUCUCUGCUUUGGUGUCGGCUGGUCCUCUGACGGUUGGUGCAGCCAAGUCUGGACUGAACUCUUCUCCCUGGACGGUGCACACGACGAUGAUCUCUAUUGUGAUCGGAUUAAUUGGUGUUUUGACGCUGACUGUACUCUCAGUGAUCACCAUCAAACUUAUUUUGAAGUAUUAGGGGCGCGUUUGAGA